AUGGUAGCCCAUUAUACCCUAGUCGUACAUUACUGUUACGGAGUGGCAUUUGGGAUUUUGGGGCUCGUUUGCAGAAGUGAAGCUGAAGAAAACGCCACGGCAGGCCCUCCUCUUGAGCUUUCUUUGGGAAAGUAUAAGGAUGUAUUGCUAAAUGAAACCAUUCCAACUGAAGCAGUAUUAAGGAAUAUUGCCAGCAACGUGACUGCCAUUGUCUUUCAGAUCCAUACUCACCAAAAGAAUGUGACCAUCUCCUUUGAUAAGAAACCAUCCAUAAACAACUCAGGGACUGGAGUAGACAAAGGGCUGGUUUAUAUCCUUCGGCCGCAGCAGACUGUGUGUACGUGGUAUUUGCAAGCUGUGGAUACUGAUCGGGUGUUGAGCACAGCUGUUUCUUUCUCUUAUGCUGAAAGAGAUCCAAUUCCUGGAGGCUGCAACCUAGAAUUUAACUUGGAAAUUGACCCCAAUAUCUAUUUAGAUUAUAACUUGGCCGAGACACACGUUAAAUUUGCCCCAGCAAAUCUGGGGUACAUGAGGGGUACAGAUCCUCCUUCAUGUGAUUCUGGAACUACUCAGGAUGCUAGGCAGCAACUAUACUAUGAUGUCUAUCAGUACUUCCUACCAGAGAAUGACCUGUCUGAAGCAGCGUUUGUGAACCACAUGAGGAAGAUGUCUGAGGUGCAAAAUAUCAGAGCUAAUAGGGUUAAAAUGCUGACCUUAACUAGCCAAGACAAAACAGACUUGUAUUUUUCCUCACUUCCGGGACAAGGAGUGAUUUACAAUGUCAUAGUGAGGGACCCACUGUGGAACACCUCAGCUGCAUAUGUACCUGUUCACACAUGUGUGUGUAGCCUCUCUGCUUCGGAGGAUAGCUGUUCCACUCUCAGAAAACUCUCCACCAAAAUAUUUUUCACAGCACUUGCUAUCUUUGGCCUCUUCAUCUGUUUCCUCGGACACAGGCUCUGGAAAACAGAUCUAUUCUUUAUGGGCUUCAUCUCCAUGGCGUUCUUUUUCUUCAUCACCAUUACUAGAACAUCGGCUCUCGAUUACGAUGUCAGUCUUGGUCUUACAGCAGUAGUUGGAGUUCUUGGAGGCCUCCUAUUGGUGGCUUAUUGGUGGCGAUUUGGCUUUGUGAUCCUAUGUAUGUUGAUUGUAGGACUAGUGCUGGGAUUCCUUGUUGCGUCUACGGUCUUCUUCACUCCCUUAGGAGAUUAUAAGGUUUUCCAAGAUGAUGCUGUAUUCUGGGUGACUUUCUGUUGCAUCACCUUGAUGGUCCCAACAGUUUUUGUUGGCUACCCCAGAGUUCUCAACAUCCUGGCGUGUGGCAUAAUAGGAUCUAAUACCAUAGUCUUGGCUACAGCGUGUUACGUAUUCACAAGCCUUUCGUACAUUAGCAUAGACCUGCUCCGAAGGAUUCUAAAUGAAGGCUUAAGGAGAGCUUACACUAGUGUGCCCUUUCAGCCUAAUGACCUCAUCAUCUUGGCAGUGUGGGCAAUGCUGGCAAUUGGGGGAAUAACGGUACAGCUACGCCGAGAGAGACGCAAGGCACCUUUCCCACCGCACCCCUAUCGGCUAUGGAAGCGUGAUCGAGAGCGCAGGGUAACGAACAUCCUAGAUCCCAGUCAUCAUGUCCCUCCCCUGAGAGAGAGGAUCCAUAGUAAGCUAUCCCAGAUGAAGGAUUUUUUCUGAAAAGAGCAACCAGCUGGGGAAAGAACGCCGCUACUCUUGUAAACUGACGUACAAUUGAAAAGACUUGAGAAAUCUAGCCGGAGACUUAUGGGAACUAGUAAGCAUCCCCUUGGUGCUGAAGACUUCGUUACUUGCCUUCCUCAACAAAAACUAGAAUGGACUAGAGAAAGAUUCACACUUGCCAGCUCUGCUCUGCUUAGUG